GGGUUAGCAUCGCUCCCGGCGCGGCUGAGUCGCCCAGAUGGCCUGUGGGCGCCACCGUGUCCCUAGUUCUCGCCCCGGCGGGCCGCCCCGGCCUAGAGGCUAGCGGAGGGGGACCCCGACAGUUCAGCUCGAGGGGAGCUUUGAAAGGACCGCGCACGGAAGCCCCUCGGAGGGCCGCCCCAGCCGCUUCUUCACAGUCAGGACCCCGGAGGCUGCUGAGCUGGGGGGGCGCUCGAGCAGUGAGGAUCCGGGCCGCCCGCAGGAGGAGGAGCGGGCGCCCAGGAUGGGGUGUGUGAAGUCCAAGUUCCUCCGGGAUAGAGACAAGGUCUCAAAGAGCGAGGCCAGUGCCAACCCACACAGCCCGUUGUAUGUGCCAGAUCCCACGUCCACGGGCAAGCGGCGACCUGACCCCAACAAUGGCAACCCCCCCGAGUCCACGGAGGCAGGUUCUAAGGAUAACAUCGUGAUUGCCCUGUAUGACUACGAGGCCAUUCACCAUGGAGACCUCAGUUUCCAGAAGGGAGACCAGAUGGCGGUCCUGGAGGAGUCGGGGGAAUGGUGGAAGGCUCGGUCCCUGGCCACCCGGAAAGAGGGCUACAUCCCAAGCAACUACGUUGCCCGCGUUGACUCUCUGGAGAGAGAGGAGUGGUUCUUCAAGGGCAUCAGCCGGAAGGAUGCAGAGCGCCAACUUCUGGCCCCUGGCAACGUGCUGGGCUCCUUCAUGAUCCGCGACAGCGAGACCACCAAAGGGAGCUACUCUUUGUCCGUACGAGACUACGACCCCCAGCAUAGGGAUGCAGUGAAACAUUAUAAGAUCCGGACCCUGGACAACGGCGGCUUCUACAUCUCCCCACGAAACACCUUCAGCACCCUGCAGGAGCUGGUGGCCCACUACAUGAAAGGGAGUGACGGACUCUGCCAGAAGCUGACGGUGCCCUGCGUGUCCUCCAAGCCCCAGAAGCCGUGGGAGAAAGAUGCCUGGGAGAUCCCUCGGGAAUCCCUCGAGCUGGAGAAAAAGCUUGGAGCCGGGCAGUUUGGGGAAGUCUGGAUGGCGACCUACAACAAGCACACCAAGGUGGCCGUGAAGACCAUGAAGCCAGGGAGCAUGUCUGUGGAGGCCUUCCUGGCAGAGGCCAACCUGAUGAAAACUCUGCAGCACGACAAGCUGGUGAAGCUGCACGCAGUGGUCACGGAGGAGCCCAUUUACAUCGUCACGGAGUUCAUGGCCAAAGGAAGCCUGCUGGACUUCCUGAAAAGUAAUGAAGGCAGCAAGCAGCCAUUGCCAAAACUCAUCGACUUCUCAGCCCAGAUUUCGGAAGGCAUGGCCUUCAUCGAGCAGAGGAACUACAUUCACCGAGACCUCCGAGCCGCCAACAUCCUGGUCUCUGCGACCCUGGUGUGUAAGAUUGCUGACUUCGGCCUGGCGAGGGUCAUCGAGGACAACGAGUACACGGCCCGGGAAGGGGCCAAGUUCCCCAUCAAGUGGACAGCUCCCGAAGCCAUCAACUUUGGCUCCUUCACCAUCAAGUCAGACGUCUGGUCCUUUGGUAUCCUGCUGAUGGAGAUCGUCACCUAUGGCCGGAUCCCAUACCCAGGCAUGACAAACCCUGAGGUGAUCCGGGCGCUGGAGCGUGGGUACCGCAUGCCCCGGCCAGAGCACUGCCCCGAGGAGCUCUACAACAUCAUGACGCGCUGCUGGAAGAACCACCCCGAGGAGCGGCCCACCUUCGAAUACAUCCAGAGUGUGCUGGACGACUUCUACACGGCCACGGAGAGCCAGUACCAGCAGCAGCCGUGAUGGGGGACCACGGCAGGGCCAGGCUCUGACGCGAUGCCUGUGAGGUUCACCAGCGCCAUCUGCUAGAUGUCCGCUCACCCUUCUCACUCCCAGACACCCACCCUCACUCCAGCCUCAGUUCCUCAUCUGUCAAGUGGGUGGGCUGGACUGGACAAUCUCUUUCUGACUCUAGCAAUCCACAAUCUGCCAUUCUCAGGAGACCCCAAGUAAUAUUUCUGUUGC